GAUGUGGGUACGGCACGGCAGAGCCGGCGUAUCUUAGGAGAUGAGACGGAGGGCGCUGGCCGCCGUAUCGCUCACUAGGUUUGGGCGUCGCUGCGUCUCGGCUUUCGGGUCGGCUGGUGCGCGGCGGUGACCGGCGCGACUGUGCGCACACCGCCACGCACGCUUGGAUCGCGACCCAGUCCGCUCUGACGUUUAACCGAGCCGGCGGUGUCUCAGUGUCGCACCGAUCCACUCGCCGUGCCGUACAAUACAUUCUGCGCACUUUGAUGUCACGGGUAGUUCGCGAGCGGUAGAGCAGUUGCGGGCGGUAGUGGUGGCUGCCGGUAGAACACGGUCGGAGAAGCCACGAGUAGGCCGGUGGGCGUGCGGCAGCAAGGCUGCCGGGCGGCCGUCCGCAGAGCCAGCAGCUGGCCGUGUUUACACGAUGUGCUCUCGCAACCUGCAACACUCAUACACCCCUCGUUUAUAAUUCAACGCUGUGAAUUUUUAACUUUGCGAACGACCAGCGAUUGAGGUAUUUAAUGCUUGUCAAACCCGACUCUCGCCAGUGAGAGCAGUCGUAGUGCACAUUAGUGUCACGAACCGCUCAGAACAUACGCAUCGAAACCGAAUUGUCAUAGUCAUUUGAGUGAUUUCACAAGUUCAUAAAUAUGGGUGCUAAAGAGAGCGUGGAGGCUGCUAAAUUUUCUGCGCAAAAUUGGAACAAUUUCGAGCAUGGUGUGAAGCACCACUAUCGACACAACACGCAGCGGUCGCAGAGCCUCAACCGCGGGCAUUCGCUCUCGCGCACCGAUGGCACCUGGUGACAUCACGGAACCGCGGGCAGCGUAGUGCAGUGCGCCGAGUGUGGCACGCGCAGCAUGGGCAACAAGCUGUCCGCGUGCUCAUGCGGGCCUCUCCUACGCAAGGCGUACCGCUACGAAGACAGCCCGUGGCAGAACUCGCGUCGCCGCGACGGACAUCUGUUGAGACUAUGGGCGGAGGUUUUCCACGUAUCAGCAAGUGGGGCAGGCACAGUGAAAUGGCAGCAAGUGUCGGAAGACCUGGUUCCAGUGAACAUCACCUGCAUCCAGGACUCGCCUGAGUGCGUCUUCCACAUUACCGCUUAUAACUCACAAGUCGAUAAGAUCCUUGACGUUCGACUACUGCAGCCUGGCACUCGCAUCGGUCAGGCUUCGGAAUGCUUUGUGUACUGGAAAGAUCCGAUGACGAACGACACGUGGGGACUAAACUUCACCUCGCCCAUCGACGCCAAGCAGUUCCGAGAAUGUUGUUCACCAUCGUUCAAAUUCUCCCGCAAGGCAUCUUCGAGCUACAGCCUGAAGCUGGAGCCGCCGGGUAGCAAGCAGAAGUUCAAAGCUAAGAGGAAGCCGCUUUCGACACCGGCAAGCCCGAAUCGAUCAAGUCUCACUUAUGGUCGCGAGCCGCAGUGUACAUGCAUGACUCAAGAACAAUACGCCCGACUGCGAGCUCAAGAUCCACGAUACCGAUCGUCGACACUGCCACGUACGACGACGCGCGCGAUCGAGACAGAGGGUGCCGCAGGUCCAGCUGGACGCACCGACAAAGUUGCUGCGGCUACCUCUUCCACCUCGCUGUAUGACAAUGUCGCGACUUCACAGCCUGCCCAUCAAGCGCCACCUAAACCGGCAGCUCGUCAAAACGAAAGCCAGCAAGCCCCAAGUCGUCCUCCAAAGUCACAAGAGACCUCCACGAUGACUACCAAUACUUCAACUGCGCCUAAGACCGUCACCGCUUCGGUGGGCACCCAUGGCACUAGUACAACGGAAGAGACGCAAGCUGGAGGCACGAGUUCUGGGCAACAUGGACAAGACUCCAAGUCAGAGGGGGUACAGGCGGGAGGGACACUCACCUCCUCCAAAUCCUCAGCCACUUCUACUCGCGCCGGGAAGGAACAUCUGCAGCACAUGCCAAAGAGCGUUGAUUAUGGAGAUGGAAAUGACUCCUCUCGUGAGUCGGAUCGCCACACGAUGCAUCAUCAUAAUGUCAUCAAUAACAACACUUCGGGUUCGCGUCGUACUAAAUCUAAGAGCACAGAGGAUAUGAACAUGGACUCGAGUACCCUCAAACGCAUGCUAAAGCCCAUGCCGUCGACGGAGAGCCCUGUGACGUCACCAGAGAUGGGUCGGCGUCGGUACGGGGGGCAAGCACCAUGUCCGCCCUCCUGUGGUACCCACGGCCACCGCCAUAAUCAACAUACGCAUCACGGCCACUAUUCACAUGUGGUCAACAACAACAGUCGCCAAAGCUCACAACGGUACCCCCCUACUUCCAGCCGUGGAGUCGGCGUGGGCGCGGCCCCCAGCGGCUACCCAGGCCGUGGGCUGUACUUGGAACUCGGCGGGGGAGGAGCUGAGAGGGACGUAUCUCCGCCCUCUGAUAAUGUGAUGUUCGAUAAUCAAUGCUACGCUACCACACCUUCGUCUUCUAAUGGCAAUUCUGACCAAGAUUCUUGCCAACGCCGGGAUCCGAGAGAUCCGAGGGAUCCUAGACAGCAUCACCAUUCUAAGCCCUGCCUCUCCCGGCAAGCGUCCCAGUCUAGCGCCACUCCGGCCCCCGGGUCCCCCACGUCGCGGCUCUUGCUAGAGUAUGAAAUGCACCUGCGCAACACAUUAGCAAAAGGCAUGGACGCAGAGAGCUAUAGCCUCCACACAUUCGAAGCUUUGCUGAGCCAAAGCAUGGAUGAUUUAGAAUACAACGAUAACAUGCCGCCUUCGAAUCAACGAAGCCCUUACCCUCCCCGACGACGGCUGACCCAAGAGUCCAUUCAGCACUAUUUAAGACACCUCAAGGAAGCUGCGAUCAGGGAAAGAGGAGGUCCUGCGUCGCAGUGCUCUGGUGGUGGAGGCAGCCGGUCUUCGACACUGCCGCUGCCCCACCGGCUUGGCGUCGAACGGCAGCAUAGCGCAAGAUCUGAUCGCGAUGGGUAUUACAGCGAUCGCAACGAGUUGAUGCGCGAACGGGAGAGAGAUCGUGAACGUGGAUAUCUGAGUGAUCAUAAUUCCAGGGAUCGCGUCAGAGAUCGUGACCAAGGCUACCUGAGCGAUCAUCAGUCAAGUUUCGUAAGUGCGUCGCGUUGCGCGUCCUGCAUUGGGGAGUCGGCUCGAGCCGCGUGGUACCGCCACUCGGAUGGUUGGCGCGGUGCUCCGCCUGCCGCCGGCCCUCGCCGCUCGCCGUGGGACUCCUUACCCAGCUUGCGCCAUGAGGGAAGCCUUAACGACUCUGGAUACAGAAGCAACCGAGCUGAUAGCUUCGAGCAACGGGGCGUGUUCGACCGGCAGGACAGCGUGCGUUCCGAGUACACGAGUGACCGCGAGUCGACGCGCUAUGGCAUCGUGCAGCAAGCCUCCAUUGACAGCACCGACUCGCGCAUUUGUUACCUGACUUCAAGUGAGAUAUCGGAUGAUGAUCGCAUGUCACUGACGACGGCUGUGUCCGACGAGGAGGAGCCCGGAGAAAGCGCUAUGAACUCGCCGUACAAAGGCAAGCAGACCGGCGCAGCCGCCGCUUCCUUCAACUGCACAGGCGCGGUCAGGAAAGCCGGGUUCUUGAGUGUGAAGAAAUGGCUGCUUCGCAAGAAACAUCAGAUUGAGUUGGCCCGGAAGCGAGGUUGGAAAGGUUACUGGGUCUGCCUCAAAGGUACCACACUAUUAUUCUACCCAUGCGACUCGCGUGAAGGGCGCUCUGUGGAGGCAGCGCCUAAGCACCUCAUCAUUGUGGAUGGAGCCAUUAUGCAGCCCAUACCCGAACACCCCAAACGUGAUCACAUAUUCUGUCUGAGCACUGCGUUCGGCGAUGCAUAUUUAUUCCAAGCACCAUGCCAAGUUGAGCUCGAAAACUGGGUAAAUAGUAUACAUAGUGCCUGCGCUGCAGCAUUUGCUAGACACCGCGGCAAGACUGGGACACUCCAUUUACUUCAGGAAGAAAUUUAUCGCCUCGAGAAAGCCAUCGAAUCCGAUCACAAGUUGAAGCACAUGGCUGACCUUCAGUCGUCAGUGGUCUCUGACCCGGAAACGCGUGCGCAACUUGCAGUUCAAAUGUUGCAGUGGGAAGAGAACCUCGAGCGGUUGCAUUGCGAACAGUUCCGCUUGCGUUGCUAUAUGGCCAGUUUACAGAGUGGCGAGUUGCCUAAUCCCAAGUCGUUGCUAACUCACGUAUCACGUGGCACAAAGAGCACGCUGAAUAAGUUAGGCGUCUUCACGGUAUCUUCAUUCCAUGCGUUUAUUUGUGCUCGAUCGCCUUCAUUACUGAACAACUUACUCGCUGGAAGAGGCGCUACCAAACGAAGGGCACCAAAUUUAUCUCGAUCCAACUCGGGUUCAAGCAGGCGAUCCAUGCAGAUGUCCCGGGAUGAAGGUGAAGCGGCAGUGAGGGUAUCUCUUCCCGAAGGUACGACGGCAACGGUGGGUGUGCGUGAAGGCAUGUCUGUGGAAGAAUUUCUGGCAGCAGCUUGUGCACGGCGCACGCUUAACUCACUCGAGCACUUUGUCAGAGUGAAGAAACGACGCGACAUGGAAGACCACAACUAUUUCGUACCGCCUCGCACCGAUCUCAUAGAAACUUACUUGCACACACAUGAGGUGGUGGAAGUGUGCGCAAAGAUCCUGUACCAAGUGGAACUACAACGAACAACGCUAGAACAAAUGUGGGGCUUUAGUGUGGAAGCCGAGCUCAUCGAAAACGCGGAGCGACAGGACGAGCUGUGCUGCUACGUCAGUCGCGUCGAGGAUAAAAGUCUUGGCAUGCAAAACGGCAUAAUCAAAGGCGACGAGAUAAUGGUGAUCAACGGAGCGAUCGUAUCCGACCUAGAUAUGAUGUACUUGGAGAGCGUGUUGCAAGAGGAGCUUGCGCUUGUCAUGAUGAUGAGGUCAUCGCGCACGGAGCCACCGGAGCUGAGCGGCGUGAUGCGCGCGGCCACAGACGACAUAAUCGAUUCACUCGUGUGCCCGCCACCACCGACCGACCCGCCAGUCAUCUCCGACGACAUGAUAUCCGGCCUCAUCGUGCCAGCGCCUGCUUGGAGUAAAGAAUUGUAUAGUCCAGAGAACGACACGCACGGUGACCUCAACACGGGCCCGCCCAAAGUUAGCUCUCGGACUAACUCCUUUGAGAUUGAGAAUCUACUAAAGAAGUGUGGGGGUGUGGGUGUGCGGCAGAGCGCGGAGCAAGUAACGGGAUGGUGCCGGUCGCCGACGGAGACAAGGCGUGGUAGCCCAACGGGCAGCGUGGCCAGCGCCGCAGCUGGCACGCCCUCGCGACACCUUUCUGAUGCUGACAAAUUGAGGAAGGUGCUGCUCGAGCUCGUCGACACCGAGCGCGCUUAUGUUAAGCACCUCAAUAACUUAUUAGAGAACUACUUGGAGCCGCUGAAGAAGGAAACUUUUUUAUCCAACGCCGAGAUCAACGCUCUGUUCGGAAACAUUCAGGAGAUAGUGACUUUUCAGAGGCAGUUCUUGCAAAACUUAGAGGAAGCGCUCGAGGCCGAGCCUAACUUCCAUCACUUUGAAUUUUCAAAUCAAUUUAAGAAUGUACUUUUUGCAGUCGGGAAUGCUUUCCUCUAUUAUGUCAAUCAUUUUAAAUUGUACAGUUCGUUCUGCGCCAGCCAUAGUAAAGCACAGAAAGUUUUACAUCCGAAUGAAGGUAAUCAAGCUCUGCAAGAGUUUUUGGCUGCUAGAAAUCCAAAGCAACAGCACUCAUCGACAUUGGAGUCGUACUUAAUCAAACCGAUUCAAAGGAUAUUAAAGUAUCCACUGUUGCUACAGCAAUUAAGAAAUUUGACUGAUGUUAAUUCGGAGGAACAUCUUCACUUAGUAGAGGCUCUCAAAGGAAUGGAAAAGGUUGCCGAGCACAUCAAUGAGAUGCAACGAAUACAUGAAGAAUAUGGUGCUAUAUUUGAUCACUUGUUUAGACAACAUCAAAAGUCUUGUAAACAACCUAUAGAUCUAAGCCCUGGUGAUUUGUUAUACUACGGCGGAGUAGAAUGGUUAAAUAUUUCAGACUUUUUAGGAAAAAUAAAAAAGGGAUUGGAAUUACACGCAAUGUGUUUUGUAUUUAAGUCAGCUGUUGUCUUCCUCUGCAAAGAAAGACUGAGACAGAAGAAAAAGCUUAUGGGAGUAUCAUCGAAAAAUAAUUCGAAUGAAGUAGAAAUCAUCAGAUAUCAAGUGUUGAUACCAGUCACCGAGGUUCAGGUCCGAGCCUCGUCUGCUAAGGAUAUGGACAGUCACUUUUUAUGGGAGCUAAUACACUUACGAAGUCAACUUCAGAGGCGUUCGGAGAAAGUUUACGUGCUGUCAAACAGUACGGCCGACUUCCGCAACGCGUUCCUGAAGACAAUCCGGCAAAUUAUUCGAGAGUCUGUGCGCAACAUGUCGCUGCCGAACACGGGUCGCCCUGCGCCCCCACCACCCCGCGCGCCCAAUACACACACACUCGAACGUCCCAAACAUCAGGUACAUGUAAUGCAAGGGUCACAAACUCUCGGUAAGACCAAGAAGCCCAGAAUUUCAGGACAAAGGCUAUCGGCAGGAAAUAUCGUAGUGGGAGAUUUGUCUCGCGAGAACUCCCAGGAUGCAGACGAACCACCGCCCGAAGCAAUUGGCGAGCCUGCCUUCCGGCACAGGAGUAAGACCCUCGGAGACACGGCUGAAACUAACGCUAAACGAGCGCCACCGCCGCCGCCCCCGGACACUGACAAAUCCGACCCUGGCUCCAAAUCUGAGGGCGAAGAUGAGCCGCCCCAGCCGCCGGCGAGCAAGCGAGGGUUAGGCAGAACUCCCAACCACCUCACUCUAAGCACGACCUCCACCCUCAGCGCGGGCAGCACGGGCAGUCAAGCCAGGCUCAUCCAAUCGUCGCACCAGCCGACUCAGUACCAGCCCACUAUGGUCAAGGAGCUAGGAUCGCCCGUGUGGAAACCGCGCGACAUGUUGAGUGAGACGGGUGCGGCAUCGGGCACAGGCGUGGGUGGCGGUCCUCCCGCACCCACCACGCUACCGCGCUCGCAGCGUCCUGCGCCACGCGCUCAACACCUCUCUGCCAGCCGCAAGUCGCUCGCGCCGGACCACCGUCACUAGUCCCCUAGCCUCAUUUGGCCUCAGCGGCCUUACUCCCGGCCCGCCUUGACUCCUUACUAUGAACACGCUCUGUGUUUUCCAACCAGACGUGUUUGUCUCGGAUCAACCUUACACGCUGCCCCAUCACACCCUGUUUGCCAUAGAGCAAACCGAGUGCUGUGAAAUGCAAUCCUGAUUUUUCCUGUAACCCAGUGCAUUCUCGACUAUAUUCGCUCUCUGUUUAUGAAUUGCACGAAUGUAUUUAUUAUCUUAUCAAUCCUAACGGUGUGAAUCUUUCCCGUGUCACAUUAAUUAUCUCAUUAUCGAUUUAGGGUGUUUGCGAUUGAUGGCUUUGUAGAGCAUAAAAAUCAAAUGCAUUGUGUGGUUCGGACAAUUUCAAAAUAAUCCUUAAGAGAUGCGGUAUGCAG